UGACGGAAGUAGAAAGAAGGCUGUAAUGGCGGCUGAAGCUGAAGUUGUGCAGGUAGCCGCGGACGGCGGGGAAAACAGGCCCUUGGCGCCCGAGGAGCUGGCGGCGCAGAAGCGAGAGCAGAGGCUGCGCAAGUUCCGUGAGCUGCAUCUGAAGCGGAAUGAAGCUCGUAAGUUAAAUCAUCAGGAAGUUGUGGAAGAAGACAAAAGACUUAAGUUGCCUGCAAACUGGGAAGCCAAGAAAGCCCGUUUGGAGUGGGAGCUCCAGGAAGAAGAAAAGAAAAAGGAGUGUGCAGCUCGAGGGGAGGACUACGAGAAGGUGAAGCUGCUGGAGAUCAGUGCGGAGGACGCUGAGAGGUGGGAGAGGAGGAAGAAGAAGAAGAAUCCCGACUUGGGGUUUUCAGAUUAUGCUGCUGCCCAGUUACGCCAGUAUCACCGGCUGACCAAGCAGAUCAAACCUGACAUGGAAAGCUAUGAGCGACAGAGACAGAAGUAUGGAGAAGAUUUUUUCCCGACAUCCAACAGUCUUCUCCAUGGGACACACGUACCUUCCUCAGAGGAAAUUGACAGAAUGGUUUUAGAUCUGGAAAAGCAGAUUGAAAAGCGAGACAAGUACAGCCGAAGACGCCCGUACAAUGAUGAUGCGGACAUCGACUACAUCAACGAGAGGAACGCCAAGUUCAACAAGAAGGCAGAGAGGUUCUACGGGAAGUACACAGCCGAGAUCAAGCAGAACCUGGAGAGGGGGACGGCCGUGUGACCCGCCCUCGGCUAAUUCAAACUUCUACGUGGGACCAGUUCGUUUACUGGUCACACUUACCCCCUGCCUCCCCACCGGGCAUUCUGAAAUAAAUGUCUUUUCUCACCUUUUCCACAUGCAUAUGUCCGCAUUUUAGUGCUUGGAUAGACGAUGUAUUUCUUGUAUUGAGUGAUGUUUUGUAAAAAUCUAAUUUGUAUAAAUCCUAACUAUUAUUUUUCUAUGAAUUUUAAAUUUGCAUAACCAUAUAACCUUUGAAUUCUUGGGGCUUAGAUGUACACAGGUGUAGUCACUGCUGCUUUGAGGGUUGGUAGGAAGUAGACAGGCUACAGCUGGGCUUUGGGACUGGCCAGGUGAGGACUAGGAAGCAGAGGCUGUCCAGACAGAUGCUCCUGGAGUUCUGGCACCGCCUGCCCAGGACUGGAGUUGGAGGGAGUUGGAGGUUGUGGCUGUCAGACGUGCACACUCCCUUUUUAAAGAACAAUAAAAUGCUUUGGAAUAGA